CAAGGAAAAUAAACAGUGCCUCAGUCAGACGGUCCCCUGCCCCUCCCCCCCAGGCGGCUCACCAUCUGAACAGACACACAAGGUGGUGGGCCACAGCCCCUGGAGGGGUGCUGUGCUGGGGAUGGAGAGGGCCAGUUGCUCCCCCUCCCUGCUCAAGAGAAGGAGAGGGUCGCCCCUUGGAAAGGGGGGAGGAGAGCUGGUCAAGUGGGAGCCAGCAGGACUGGUCCCUUUAGCUAAGCAGGGUCUGCCCUGGUUGCAUGUGAAUGGGAGACCUGAUGUGUGAGCGCUGUAAGAUAUUCCCCUCAGGGGAUGAUGGAGCCGCUCUGGGAAGAGCAGAAGAAGGUUUCAAGUUCCCUCCCUGGCGGCUUCUCCAAGAGAGGGCUGAGAGAGGAGCGAUUCCUGCCUGGCACCUUGGAGAAGUCACUGUGAAGACUUCUUGUGAAGUGUUUUCCUACCCAAAUGUCGAGUUACAUUGUUUUGAAUAUUACAAAAAGAAGAAGGAACAGAGAUUGUGAGUUCUGGUCACUGCUCUGGAAUUCUUGGUAUGAGGCAAGGCGAAGUCAUCUGUGUGCAAGAGACCUGGGUUUGUGCUGCACAUCUGCGGCCAUGAAAGCUUUUAUGGCCACUACCAUACUUGUCCUGGCCACUGCUGUUCUUCUGGCUACAGGAAAGAAGUUCCGGUGGUGCACCCUUUCUGACCAGGAGCAGAGGAAGUGUGCAGAGCUAUCCAAGACGCUGCUGACGGCAUUGCCUCGGACCAUGAUCAACUCCUUUGCCAGGGUUUCCUGCAUCAGAGCCCACAACACUCAUGACUGUAUUGACAAGAUUAGGGCGAACAAAGCAGAUGCUGCAUCUUUGGAUGCUGGAGAUGCAUAUUCAGCCGUAAAGCUUUAUGGCCUGACUGUAGUGGCAAAGGAGAUCUAUCUGGAAGGUAACUGUGUAUAUGCUGUAGCUGUUGCCAGACGAGGAACACUGGAUAUUCACAGGCUAAAAGGGACCCGUAGUUGCCACAAUGGAGCCAGGUGGACCUCAGGCUGGAACAUCCCGUUGGGCUUCCUUCUGGCUAGGAAUGAGCUGCUGUGGGAUGAAGAGCAGCCCCUAAGCCACGUGAUCGGUGAUUAUUUCAAUGCCAGCUGCAUCCCUGGUAUUGGAGUGACCUCCCCUCAGCUUUGCACUCUCUGCCAAGGACAGAAGUCCUACAUCUGGGAGAAGAACCACUUCUGCGAGACCAGCAGCAACGAGCCCUUCUAUGAUUCAGAGGGAGCCUUCAGAUGCCUGAAGAGUGCGGGGGCAGAUGUGGCUUUCCUGGAUCACCUGGUGAUAAAGAAUGCUACAGAGUCGGAACAAGGAGAAUAUGUGCUGUUGUGUCCUGAUGGGUCCACAGCUCCUCUGAGUACCUAUGCUGACUGCAACCUGGGCCGUGGCCCAGGACGGACUGUUGUUACUCGCCACAACUUCCACAAGAUCACCAGGAAAUUUCUCACUGUCAUCCAGCACCUCUUUGGAAGGAAGGGAAGGGAAAAGGCCAGGUUUGAGCUCUUUGCAUCUUCGCCAUUCAGAGGGAAGAACUUGCUCUUCCGUGAUGCCACCCAGCACUUGCAGUUGGUCGAAGAGGAAACUGACAUCAGCCGUGUCCUUGGCCUGGAUUAUGUCGCUCUUCUGCAGGGCUUGGGACACGAAGGGAGCUCCUUGUCUAACAGCCUGGUGCGCUGGUGUUGUAUCAGCGAUGCUGAACUCCAAAAGUGUGAGGAGUGGGCUCUGAACAUCAAGUCUGACCCUCUGGUCUGCAUCCAAGCAGACUCCAUGAUAAACUGCAUCGAGCUGAUCAAGAACAACAAGGCAGAUGCUGUUACGCUGGAUGCCACACAUGCCUACUUUGCACAGAAGUGUGCACUAGUUCCUGUCGCUGCAGAAUGUUAUGGGCCAGAAUGCAUCCCAGCUAGAAAAGAGGAGAGAAUGGAGACGCUGGCCCACCUUACAGCGCUGCCUCAACUCUUCUCAGUGGCCCUGGCAAAGAAGAACGCCAAGCACAUCAACAUCCACAAUCUAGGGGGAAGGCGCUCUUGCCACAGCCACAUGUACAGUCCAGGGGGGUGGCUGCUUCUUUCUCAGUAUACUGUGGGGGCUCUGGAGAAUGACACCAUCCCCUGUAAUCUCAGCUCUGCUUACCAGGAUUACUUCUGGAAGAGCUGCAUGCCAGGAGCUGAUGGGAACCUUUGCAAAGUCUGCAUUGGACAAACGGAGACAGAAGCUGGCAAAGGACUCUCCAGGUGUGCUGCCAACCAUAAUGAACAAUACUAUGGCAAUACAGGUGCCCUCAGAUGUCUCUUUGGUGACCCCAGUGGAAGAAGCUUUGGCGAUGUGGCCUUCUUGGAACACCAUAACCUGCUCCACAAUAUCGAGUACCUGGAACGUUCGGGCUGGGUAACAGGAGGGGGUGCAAGUGACCUUGAACUGCUGUGCCUGGAUGGAAGCCGUGCAGCCGUUACAGACUGGAGGGCCUGUAACCUAGGCCCUGUCCCACCGAAUGUGGUUGUGACACGGCCAGUGACCAUCACCAAGGUCUACGACUUCCUGGCCAAGUCUCAGAAACCGAGCCUGGGCACAACCUUUCAGCUCUUUCAGUCACAGAAUUAUGGAGAAAGUGACCUGCUCUUUAAAGAUGCCACUCAGCAUCUCGUUCCCACAAGCCACUUGGACUAUGAGGAAAUCCUUGGGGAGUCUUUCUUCCAGCUUGCAGAGUCUGUCUUUAACUGCACACCUGUGGGUAAGCUGAGCUUGUGGGAAGACCACAGAUGGCAGGCUAUUGAGCUUCCCUCUCAGAAGCGGUGGAUUCCCUCAUCUGUGGUUGCAUUAUACUUUUGCCCCAUGUAAUAGUUGAAACAUAAAGUACAUCCUCUUUUGGUUUUCAGACAUCCUGGACUUCUGCAGACAGGAUCCUUGUACCUAUUCAGCACAGCACUGAUGCUACAGCCAGAGAUACUCCUUUGAGCCUGAAGCAGAAGUAAUGGUAGCAUAAUGCUUGUGCUCUUGCUAAGGUGCAAGAAUGCCCCCUUUUCUGGCCUUCAGCAAUUCCAUUUGCAAGUGUGUGCGCACGCACACACACACACUCCCCACCCCACCCCACCCCACCCCACCCACGGGGUCCAUCUGCCUCUGCCCAUUAGCAUUCAAACGGCUGCCUUUUGGAACACCAACAGAAAACUUUUCCUAGUGCCAAGCUGGAAGAGCUGGUGGUUCUGCUGCCUAAAUUCUCCUCAGACUUUGCCACAGAAACUUGCCAUUGAGUGGCAUACAUGAAUUACCACUACAGCAAAUGACAUUUGAACUACAAGCCCAUCAUGUCAAAAGGGCAGUCAUAAGUGGCCUCUUUUGAAGCUUCACUACCAGAUUUGCACAUAGAAUUAGGAAAGAAGAACUGCAGCCAUCUUCUUUUAAAUGACUGCUGCACUCAGGAAAAUAUUCUCUCCCUCAUCACUACGCUGCUUAGGCCUUUUCAUCUGAAAUACAUUAUUUUUUUAUCCUGCGCUAAGUAAACAACGGCUCUGUAGAAUUGUA